UGGCGUAUAGUAUGUGUUUGUGGGAUGUAGUCUUUGCGAAGAGCUAAAGUAUGCGCCAAAUCUGAUGAAAUUUCUUUUAUGUAUGAAUGAAUAAUUAUUAAUUUAUUCGGUUGUGACAUAUUGAAAAUGCUUAAAUUGCGGACGAAGUUAUAUUAUUAAUAAUUAUCUUUCGAAUAGUCAAGUGGGCUAUGAUAUACAAAUAUUUUGCCUUGUUUUAAUAAAAAAUGUAGUGAAAAUGCUGAAAAAUGGAGACGAAAUUGUGUCGAACCUGUGGAAAGCUCGGACAAAACUUCGUACACAUUUUCAAAACGGAAGGAUUAAGAAGCAAAAUCGAGACAUGUCUCCCAAUUAUUUGAACAAAAAGGAAUAAUCUUCCAUAAUGGACCAAAAACAGAAGAACGUCAAACGUACUGGUACUACCACCGACCCUCAAUUUGUACGUUAUGCUUCCAAUUCGAGUAGUGGUGUCCUCAUGGUGGGACCCAAUUUUCGAGUUGGUAAAAAAAUUGGUUGUGGUAAUUUUGGCGAACUCCGUUUAGGGAAAAAUCUAUAUAACAAUGAACAUGUAGCUAUUAAAAUGGAACCUAUGAAAUCAAAGGCUCCACAAUUACACUUGGAAUACAGGUUUUAUAAGUCACUCGGAUCUCAUGAAGGUAUACCAAACGUAUAUUACUUCGGACCCUGCAGUAAGUACAAUGCUUUGGUUAUGGAACUUUUGGGGCCUAGUCUUGAGGAUCUGUUUGACAUGUGUGAGAGAAAAUUUACUUUAAAAACUGUACUCUUGAUUGCGAUCCAAUUGCUGCACCGUAUAGAAUAUGUACACUCCAGACACUUGAUUUACAGAGAUGUGAAGCCUGAAAAUUUUUUGAUAGGUCGUACUAGUACUAAAAGGGAAAAAAUUAUCCAUAUCAUAGAUUUUGGCUUGGCCAAAGAAUAUAUAGAGCUUGAAACAAAUAAGCACAUACCUUAUAGAGAGCACAAAUCCCUUACAGGUACUGCUAGAUACAUGUCUAUAAAUACCCAUUUAGGAAAAGAACAAUCACGUAGGGAUGAUCUCGAAGCUUUAGGGCACAUGUUUAUGUAUUUCCUGAGAGGAUCUCUGCCUUGGCAAGGCUUGAAGGCCGAUACAUUAAAAGAAAGAUAUCAAAAAAUCGGCGAUACCAAAAGAGCAACUUCCAUAGAAUCAUUAUGCGACAGUCAUCCUGAAGAAUUUUCAAUUUACAUGAGAUAUGUAAGACGAUUAGAUUUUUUUGAAACGCCCGAUUACGAAUAUCUUAGAACCUUAUUCACAACACUAUUCAAUAAAAAAGGUUAUGUGGAAGAUGGAGAAUUCGAUUGGACAGGAAAAACUAUGAAUACUUCAGUUGGUUCUCUAUCUACGACGCACGAUAAAGUAACAUCACCAAAAAGAGGUCUUACGAAGAAUACCAAAACCAAUGCAACUCAAGAAGCAAAUAAACAGCAUCAUUUAGGAAAUUUGACUCCCGCCGAAAGACACGAUUCAGUUCAAGUUUUAAGUUCCACGAACAAUGAACUAAAUGUUGAUGACACCACUGCCCACAGCAGUGCACCGAUUGCUCAACCACAAGAAAUUGAAAUUUUUGAUGAGACUAAAUGUUGUUGUUUUUUCAAGAGAAAAAACAGAGGUGUUGCUAAACAGUGA